AUGCGCUUCUUCGCAAUUGCACUCGCUUUCUUCGCCGGGUCCAUGGUCCACGCUGCGCCCGCCAGCGAGAUCGUCACCCGUCAGGUCGGCGACCUGCAGUGCAACCUCGACCGUCUGAGCAUCGUCGCCGCGCUCGCCGCCACCCAAGGCACGCUGAAGACGCUGUCCCAGCAGGUGGCCUCUGACACCACGGCCACUGCGGGCGUCCAGUCGGCCGAGAGCGCCAUCACCGGGGCUCAGGGUGCCAUCGGGGUCAUCGCCAAGGCUCUGGUGACCGGCCAGACUGCCCCCGCCUCGGCCCGCCAGGAGGUUCAGGGCAACCUGACCGCUGCCCACGACGCGCUGACGAGCCUUUCUACGAACGGUGAAUCCGGGGCGACCCUCAAGGUGGCUUUGGCCGAGCUCGCCCUUGCUCAGGCUUCCGGCAACGGCGUUGUGAGCAACUGCAAGUAG